AUGACAUUCUCAAUACCUCGGAAGCCAGUCAAUAAGUCUGAGAAGAGAGUGUUGAUUGCCGUUUUUGGCAUGACAGGAACAGGGAAAACUUCCUUGAUAAAAACACUUGCUGGUGAAGCGGCAAGCCAGCUUCGCAUUGGGCAUGGCUUAGAAUCUUGCACCCAGGAUAUCGAGACGGUCGAUUUCUCACUUGACGGUCAUAAAGUCACACUCGUUGACACUCCCGGGUUUGAUGACUCGGAGAGGAGUGACACUGAAAUUCUCAAACUCAUAGCCGCUUGGCUACAGAAUUCUUACAAAAAUGAAACGCUGUUGUCGGGGUUGAUCUAUCUCCACCGAAUCUCGGAUGUACGAAUGUCAGGCUCCUCGCGAAAGAACAUGCGAAUGUUCGGCAAGCUUUGCGGAGCUGAUCACAUGUCCAAAGUGUGUUUGAUGACUACUAUGUGGGACAAGGUCACGCUUCAAGACGGAUUAUCAAAAGAAAACGAUCUCAAACGUUCAAAUUACUGGGGUCCGAUGAUUGACAGUGGGUGUUCCGUCAAACGACAAGAUAGAGGAUUAGAAUCGGCGCGAGAUGUGGUACGCGGGAUGUUGAACGAGAAACCAACGGCCGUCAAAUUGCAAGAGGAAAUGAUGAUCGCGGGCAAGAACCUUGUCGAGACAGAUGCUGGGAUGGCCGUGGACGAGGAGAUCCGUAAAUUGGAAAGGAAGCAUGCAGAAGAUCUGGAAGACUUGAGAACACAGAUGAAGGAGGCCAACGAGCAAAGUAAGUGGGGGUUCUUUCCAAAACCAAAUCAGUUCCAUUACUCACUCAGAAUUAGGGAACAUGAAGCUUCAAGCUCAACUCCAAGAGGAGUAUGCUCAAACUAUUUCUAA